AUGAAACAAUGGGAUGAAAAUGAUGAAGAUGGUGAUCUUGAUGAAGAUCAGAAGUUAAAUAAUGGUAAUCCAAUAAGUUUUGAUGAAAUGAAAAAGAAUGCAAAAGAUGAAGAAGAUUUAUUAAAAAUGAGUAAAAAAAACCAAAAUGUUAUGAUGUUUGUUAUGGUAAAAGAUUUAAAAAAUUCAAUAACGACAAAAUCAUUUACCGAAAAAAUUACCCAAAUUUGGCAAAAUAAUCUACAUAACAAUCAUAUUAAUGCAAAUGUUUAUGUUAUAGAGGAUAAUCGGGCAAUAUUUUUAUUUGAUGAAGGUUCACAAUCAUUUGAGGCACGAAACUUUUUACUACAACAAAAGGAAUGUUAUGAAGUUGUUUUGGAAGGAAAAAUUAGUAAAGGAUUGGCUUAUGAAAAGUCAGAAUUAUAA